AACUCUAGAGCAUACCUCUUAUGCUAUCAGUUCAUUUACCUUAGAAAACAAAAAGUCGUCACAGCCUUUAGCUGGUGGGCAAAAUACAGUUGAAAGGGAGGGUUGCUGCUGGCUUCUAAACACUCAACAUUCAACAGAGCUCAAACGCUAGCAAAAAACACACCAAAAUGACCUCAAUUUUACUCCUAAUGUUUGCCUGUGUUGUGGGCAGUAUUAUAAUUGGCUUCACUGGAAGCUUUAUUGUUUUUAUCCUUGUAGCGGUUGUCAUAUCACAAGUUUUACUCGGCUUAUUCCCUGGGAAGUUGCUUCCGUCAUCUGGAAAAGCUGUGUUAAUCACCGGGUGCGACACAGGUAUUGGACACUUCCUCGCAAGACAUCUGCAUGCAAUCGGAUUUCAAGUUUACGCAGGAUGUCUGUACAAAAAUGGGGAAGGGGCAACAAACUUAGCCGAAGAAUUUGAUGAGAGACUUGUUGUCAUGCAAAUGGACGUUACAAAGGAGGAAGAAGUUACCAAGGCCUUCGAAAUCAUAAGGGAGCAUUUGAAAACUACGGGAAGAGAGUUAUGGGGUGUUGUAAACAAUGCUGGGAUUAACAUCCUUGGAGAGAUUGAGUGGCUUGACACGGAAUUGAUAAAACGGGUGUCAGAGGUCAACCUGUGGGGCAUGGUGAGGGUUACCAAAGCAGCUAUACCAAUGCUACAAGAGAGUAAAGGUCGUAUUGUAAACAUUGGCAGCAUUUGCGGCCUUGCCAGCUUCCCGUUUAGCGCCCCCUAUUGCAUCUCAAAGUACGGGAUUGAGUCAUUUACAGAUGUUCUACGAAUUGAACUUUCAAAAUGGAGUAUAAAGACGAUGCUAAUCCAACCAGGAAAUUUUGGAUCUGCUACAAGACUUAUUACCAAAGACAAUGUGAAAACAGUCAUAACCGGAGCCCAAAGGAACAUGACAGAGGAAGUGAAACAGAGAUAUGGCCAAGCCUAUUUUGACAGUAUAUCCCAACAUCUAUGCAGUCUUUCAAAUUCAUACUCAGGAUCAACCGACCUCACUCCAGUGAUUUCUCAAAUCACAACAGCACUACUGGUAGAACGCCCUCAACCUCGAUAUAUGCCUGCAACAUUUCAUUGGAAGAUUUUUAUCUAUUUACACUCAUUUCUACCUAGUACCAUCACAGAUCUUCUUUAUUGUAAACUUUUAAACUAUUUUAAUAAAAAAUUAAAAUGUAAGAAACUUUAAAGAAAAAAUGUUUAUUUGAAAUAGUUAUUAAUAUUGAUGGUAUAUGGUGUAAUAACAUGUAAAGAAUGAAAUUAAUACCAAAUAUAAUGCAAAAUAUGAAUGAUGCAAAAGAAUAAGAUAAGGUAACUAAUUUAUAUGAAUUUCAAAUACAAUGCAAUUCAAUAAGCACUGUUAAAGAGUCCUAACUUUAAUCUUACUUUAAUUUUAUCUGUAUCUGUUAAAAAAAACCCCCAGAACAUUUGAUUACAUAAUAACUUAUAGAAGGUCAAUAUGAUAUUGGAAACUUAUAAUCGGAUAUUUACUAUGACAACAUAUAUAAUUCCACUACUAGGUUUAAUUGCGAGAAUAGGUGUGGGUAUGCGGGUCACUAUGACCUUUAGUGGAGUAACGUCCCUACCCUGUGAUACAGAUGUUGUCAUUCGGGUUGUAUUUGUGUCGCGCUAGUUUUUGUUUUCAUUUUCUUGGCAGAUAAUAGCCAAUGAUAGCUCUUAUAGCAAUAAAGAACUGAAUUAAAAUAAUUGUAUUUUUUUAAAAAUGAAUGCUCAUAUAUAUGUGUUAAUAAAGGAAUAAUAUAUAGAAAACCA